AUAUAGGCUCAGGUAUUAAUAGAAAAAGCAAAACUGAUUCAAUCAAAGUAAAUUAAAGGAAUGUUCAGUCAUCCUCUAAAAACUUUCUUAAUGAGUGAGAUCAUUUUUCUAGGUCCUAGGAGACAGUAGACUCAAGGUACACAAAAUAGCAGACGGAGAGCUAAACUUCUGUUAAAUUCUUAACUAUUAGCUUAAUAAGCCUUUGUAUCUAAAUAGUAGCUCCAAAGUUCUUUGGUGGCAUAUGUUCAAAGCUACAACAUUUUUAAUGUUAUUAUUGGAUGGUAGCAAUGUGGGGUGGAGUUGGCCUUGGAGAAAUGAGAGCAGCAUUACUUUGUAAGAAGGAUUUUAAAAAUCUCAUACUUGGCUCAAGUCAGUAUUGCUCCAGAACGUGGACGUGACCAAAAAGAAACAGAAAAACAACAUGAAUGAUGUGAAGCUUGCUGUCUUGGGUGGUCCAGGAACAGGCAAAUCCGCCCUUACAGUAAGGUUUCUUACCAAGCGGUUCAUUGGAGAAUAUGCUUCUAAUUUUGAAUCCAUCUAUAAUAAGCAUUUGUGUUUGGAAGGGAAGCAACUGAAUCUAGAAAUAUAUGACCCUUGUUCUCAACCGCAGAAAGCCAGAUUUUCCCUCACAAGUGAGCUGCAUUGGGCAGAUGGGUUUGUUAUUGUGUAUGACAUCAGUGACAGGUCUUCGUUUGCUUUUGCAAAAGCACUGAUCUACAGAAUUCGGGAGCCACAGACUAGUCAUUGUAAAAGAGCUAUGGAAUCAGCAGUGCUUUUGGUCGGUAACAAGCAAGAUCUCUGUCAUGUGCGAGAGGUUGGCUGGGAAGAAGGGCAAAAGCUGGCGCUGGAUAACCGCUGCCAGUUCUGUGAGCUGUCUGCAGCAGAGCAGUCUCUGGAGGUAGAAAUGAUGUUUAUCAGAGUUAUCAAGGGCAUCCUGACAAACUCCAAACUCAAAGAGAAGAGAAGAUCCAGUGGAUCUAAAUCAAUGGCCAAGCUGAUCAAUAAUGUAUUUGGAAAGAGAAGGAAAUCUGUUUAGUAGGCAUGUGGUCCUUGGGGACUUAUUAUAUCAGAAAGUUUCAAACAUUCAUUUAAUAAUUGAAUUUAACCUUUGUUUGCCAUUAAAAAAUCUUUUAAAGAUAUAAAAUGAUUGAACAAAAGCCAUAACUGUGUUUUCCAACAUAUAGUUUUCCUUUUUGGGUGUUUAUAUUUUGUAUACUCUUCUUCAUACUUAACCUUUUCUUUAUUACAUAAAAUAACACUCCGUACAAUCUACUGGCUGAUUACUAUACAGUUUGCCUUACAAAUAAACAUUGCUUAUAUAAUUUUUAUUAAACUACUAUUCUAUAGGCCUGUUUAUCUUUAUAUAUUUCUUUAGAAUGAAAUAUAUAGAUAUUCAUAUAUUUCAUAUUUUAUAGAGCUUAAUAAAUUUGUGAAAGUUCAUGAUUUAUUUAACAGAAAUGCAUGAAUUUAAUUUUUGAAAUGUCCUCAUAAUAAUCUAGUUACUUUAUAAUAUACAAAUUUUGUUUAUAUCAUAGGUUUUAAGAGGUUAGAUUUCUUGCCCAUACACACAUAGAUUGUAGCAGGUGUGAUGUUGAAAAUCUCUGUUUUCCUUUGUAUGCUAUGCUAACAAGGGCGAUUAUAACAGAUACGUUAACUUGUGCAGAUAAGAUCCUUUUGGGAUCAAAAGAUUAGUCCUUUAUAGUUCAUUUAGAAAUCAUACAUCAUAAGGAACAAAUUAAUAACUGAUUGGUAAAUAUAUAACCUUGAGGAUCUUAUUGCUCUAAAAGAAAUAUUGCAUUAGAAACAAACACUUUGAACCUUCUCAGAUUACUUCGAAUAUUUUUCAGAAUUCAACUGACUCCCUUCUGGACUUUCUUAUUAUUUCUACUGUCUGUGCUGAGCUUGCCACCAACUACAUUUCAAGAUGUGGUCUUAGGCCUAACUUCAGCCAAAUCACUGAAAAUUAAGGUUUGAAAAUCAGAGAAGUUAAACUGGGAGUAUAAACAAUGCUACCAUAUACUUGGCUACAAGUUACACAUCAGUAACUUGGGGUGCAAUAUCUUGAGUAGACAGUUGUAGAUGAGAGUGAGGGAGGGGUUACAUAGAAUAUUAGCCUGGGUAGGAAAGGAUGUAUUGACAUGGUGUUAAUUACGUUGAAUUGUGAUUCAACCUUUUAGGAGUGACACCUAGAGCUAAUUUCUGUAGCUUUGCUGUUCACUAGAAGUCUAGCCUUGAUGAUACACUAGAAUAAAAACAAAAACAGUGCAAAUAAAAGAACUUCAUGUGGUGGUAUACAAAACCAUUCAGAAUGUUCAUAAAAAUGGGGGAGUUAGAAUUGAUAUGGUAGGUUGGACCCAAGAGACAACCAUCUGACUGUGUUCUCUGGGACAGUUCAGGGAACCUCCUCAGGAAAUGAGAAAUGCACUGGUGAGGCGACAAUUUUAAGAAGCUUAAUAAUGACCAUGCUCUCCAGGUCAGAGUUGACAGUAGGAAGGCUGCCAUGGAACCGAUGCUGACAAUAGAAUCCUGGA